AUGGUCUUGUUUUCAGCUUUGAUAGCUCGCACUCAUAUUCCUUACAAGGACAUCGACCACAUAAUUUGUGGCACUGUGAUUCAAGAGUGCAAGACAAGCAAUGUCGCCAGAGAAGCUGCGCUGCAGGCUGGAAUACCCGACAAGAUUCCUGCCCAUACUGUCACAUUGGCUUGCAUCUCCUCCAACGUAGCGAUGACGACCGGCAUGGGAAUGCUUGCUACUGGCAAUGCGAAAGCAGUCAUUGCUGGUGGUGUAGAGCUCCUUUCAGAUGUGCCAAUCAGAUACAAUAGAAAGUAA